AUGGCUUUCCUCAAAGGUUACUGGCGGCGACUUAGCCAGCGCCAACUCCUCCUUCUUACCGGCUUCGUGGCUGCUUUCGCCGUCGGCUUCGAUGGUAUGGCACAAGGAGCCAUGGCCAGCGUGCAAGCCGCACCUCACUACACCUACACAAUGCAGAUUGGCACGGAAGAUGGCGUUGUUACCAAUUCUACCCGACAGGGUGGCAUCGUUGCCAUUUACUAUCUGGGAAGCCUUUGCGGUGCUUUUAUGGCCGGCUGGAUCGCCGACACGUACGGACGUUCCAAGGCUGUGCAUUUUGGCGCGGUUUGGGCAUUCUUGGGUUGUGCUCUACAGUGUGCUGCCCAGAAUCUGAACAUGAUGCUCUGUGCUCGUAUCAUCGCUGGCAUGGGAGCUGGUCAGCUCAUGAGCACCGUCCCCACCUGGACAGCCGAGAUCGCAGCCUCUCACCAUCGUGGCAAGGUCAUCACGGCUACGUUCAUGGCAAAUUUUGUCGGCAUUGCCAUUAUCGUCUGGCUCGGUUUCGGUAUCAGUUUCACAACCUUUGGCGACGGCUCUUUCCGUUGGAGAUUCGUGUUUGCCGCCAACAUGCUCCCACUUUUCAUUCUGGUACCGCUGACCUUGAUGAUGCCUGAAUCCCCUCGAUGGCUUGUCAAGGUCGGUCGCCGGGAAGAAGCUCUGGAGAUCCUCGCCCUGGCCCGUGGCGAGAGUGCUCACACAACCACGGUUCAACACGAAGUCAACGAGAUUAUCGUCGCCGACGAGCUUGAGAAGGAGAGCGGCAAGCGCAACUCCUACUGGUCUAUGCUGGUGGGCGUCGGCUAUGGCGACCUGCAUAUCGCCCGGCGUGUCCAGCUCGGCUUCUGGUUGCAAGUCAUGUGUCAGUUCUGCACUGGAAUUGCCGCUGUUCUUAUCUACUCGGGCUACAUCUUCGCCCUGGCCAAUUUCAACGGCAUCAAGUCAUCCUGGCUCGGCGCAAUCACCAACACUGUCGGUAUCCCAGCUACUCUCGUUGCCAUUUACAGCAUGGAUUACCUCGGUCGCCGCAAGCUGGCUUUUGUGGGCUCUUCCCUACAGACCAUACUUCUGUUCAUGGUCGGCGGCCUCAUGGUGGCUAUCAAGAACAACCCAGACAAGGCAGACAACAUCGGAAAGGCCACCGCCUCACUGAUCCCUGUCUACAUGUUCGUCUUCGCCGCCACAUGGCUCGUCAUUCCUUGGGUCUACGCGACCGAGAUCUUCCCGACCGCACUCCGUGCAAGAGGAAACGCCUUCAAUGUCGCGGGAUGGUCUAUUGGCUACGGCGGUGGCGGACUGGUGAUUCCCAUCAUGUUUUCAAACAUCGGUGCGAAUACAUUCUUUGUCAUCGGCGCCUUCCAGAUCAUCACCAUCCCGAUCAUCUACUGCUUCUAUCCCGAGACCAAUCAACGCAGUUUGGAAUCCCUAGACCUCCUCUUCGCCUCCAAAUCUCCCUUCGUCUGGAGCGAAGAGCGCGAGUUCGCCAAGAGGAUCGGUGAGCUUGAACAUGCCGUGGAAGCGAGGAUGGCACAAGAGGGUAAUCCACUCAGUCAGUCCGCAGAAAAGGAUGUGGUGCACGCUGCGGAGGUUGAAAAGCUGCCGUCGGAGACUCCUAGCCUGGAUGCGGAUAGGGCAAGAUAG